CUCCGCUGUGCAUGCAAUAUACAUACUUCUCGUACGAAGAUUGGGCACACGAUGUUAAAGUAUUCAGUACUCUUCCGGUUACUUAACCAGAGAGUGCCUGUGGACGUAGACUACUACGAAGGGUCCGAGUUGACUGAGAACUUUUGUGGCCAGGCUCAGCUGUGAUUCGAAUGCACUGUGACAGCAUGCGAUCAUUGCGUCAGAAAUAGCCUCAUGCGGUGGGCGAAAUAGUCGUCACAGCGCAGAGACGGUAUCAAUCUCAUGUCAUAGAUGACAAACAGUGUACUGUGUCCAAGUUUCGAUCUGUGGACUGGUCUGCACACAACUUACCCAAUUUCCUUGACCCUGAGCAGACACCACCUUCUCCUCUAGCUUUCAGGAGCCAAAUGUUCGGUGGGUUCAAUGUGGUAGCACUCAGAGUUACUGGGAUGAUGAAUCAGAGGGAUAUCUGUCAGACGAUGACGAAAGAGAAGAUGAGACCGCCAGCCAACAGAGUGAGGACACGGACUUCUUCGAUGAGCCGGAGUCGAAUUACACCAUAAUCAGCGAGGAGGAGAUCUGUCAGCGGCAGGGCGACGCAGUCAGCACGAUCACAAAUUUCCUCUCCGUUUCAGAGACCGAAGCAGGCAUCCUCCUUCGGUCUCUGAAGUGGAGCGUCAGCACAAUUAACGACACAUGGUUCGCAGACGAGGAACUCGUUCGAAGGAGUGUGGGCCUCCCAACUCCACCGCCAGAGAGCCGAACGCUGGCAUCCCGAGAUCUGGUCGCUGCGACGGACCCGGCCAGACGGGCUAAAUGCCCCAUCUGCCUGGACAUGCACGCCGUUUCGACCAUGACAGCAGCGCCAAUCUGUGGCCAUUUUUUCUGCGACACCUGCUGGACGGGGUACAUACACAACGCGAUUCGAGACGGGCCGGGGUGUCUCACUCUGCGAUGCGCGGACCCGUUCUGCGGGGUGGCAGUUGGCGAAGACAUGAUUCUGUCGUUUGCCGGCGACGAAGACCAGGGCAAGUACCAGCGCUACCUGCUCAGAUCGUACGUCGAGAACAACAGGAAGGCCAAGUGGUGCCCUGCUCCAGGAUGUGACUACGCUGUAGAAUACUCGCACUCUCCAGCCCCGGGCUCUCACGACGUCGUGUGCAAAUGUUCGCACAGAUUCUGCUGGAACUGCUUGGAGGAAGCACACCGGCCUGUCGAGUGCGAGACGGUGGCCAAGUGGAUCGUGAAGAUCAGCUCGGAACAGCUCGUCCAGGAGGAAGAAGCUCCUGUGAUGAGCUGGGAUCCGUGCUCUAGAUGCAACUGGCCCGACAACAUCGACUGGAUUCUGGCUCAUCAGAAGCCUUGUCCCGCGUGCCGGCGCUUCGAGUCGUGGAUGCUGGGAAACCUGAAACCGUGCCCCAAGUGCAAGCGGAUGAUCGAGAAAAAUCAAGGUUGUAUGCAUAUGACUUGCACACCUCCAUGCUACUUCGAGUUCUGCUGGCUAUGUCUGGGCCCUUGGAGAAAUCACGGUGACAGCACAGGCGGAUUCUACUCGUGCAACCGGUUCGAGGUUUCCCCGAGUCUUGCGCUUGCGCCUGCACCUACACCUACACCUUCACCUGGCGUGGUUCGGGUGCAGCAGAUGGAGUCUGCCCGAAAUGAAAGCGGCAAGGAUCUGAAGAGUUCUCCGCGCGAGCGGUACAGGUUUUACUACGAGCGUUGGGCCGCCCACGAGGUGUCCAGACUGAGGUCGUCGUCGGAUAUUCAGCGAGUUCUUCCUGUACAGAUCGAGGAGCUGAGCGACCUGCAAUUUCAACCGACGUCUCAACUCGAGUUUGUGAGAGAAGCGUGGCUUCAGAUCGUAGAGUGUCGGCGGAUCCUCAAGUGGACGUACGCGUAUGGAUUCUAUCUUCCUGAUGAUGGAGGUCCGAAGCGUCAGUAUUUCAAUUACUUGCAAGGAGAUGCGGAGGCGAGCUUGGAAAGGCUGCAUCAAUGUGCAGAAUUUGAACUCCAUCACAUCCUGCGCGUUCGUGGAGAUCAGACUCAUUUCGACGGAUUCCGCACCAAGCUGCAAAGCUUAACGAGUGUCACACGAACUCAGUUUAAGGAAAUAGUUUUAGUCUUGGAGAAUGGACUGGAAGAUUUCGCCGAUAGAAGUCUGCCAAAGUAGUAUGGAAGAAUCACUUCGUCGUCGGGGGAACGAUCCGAGCUGGGAGGUUCGAGAUGCCCGUGAAUGAUCGAUCGGAUGACAUGUUAUGGACCGUGUGCAGCUGCCAGGUGAAGGGUUUCGGAGAGUAGAAUUUGCAAGGGGGGAUGCGUAGGACACGUGAAUGGACUUCAUCAACAUGGAGGCUGCGCCGUUGACUCGAGAUGAAGCUCUGUAUAGCACUUCCUGAGAGUUGCAGAAGUAACUUGGCAGUUGAGCAGGGUAGGGAAAGAUUCCACGGGAAGACGCUCAUCGAUUAGACGACGAGCAUCCUGAAGAAGUUUGAGGUCAUGAUCGACAUGAUCCGGAGGUGCAAUUUUCAGUGUUCUGUUUCCGAGAAUGUGUUUGCAUUUGUCGCAAGACGAUCAUUAGGCGAGACAUGAAGUGAGAACGUGUAGAAGCUCUGGUGGGUGACAUGAAGCUCGAGGUGCUGCGAUGGCGGGCCAGCAUUGGUCAAAGUUCCUCCCGCGUGCCUCGAAGUUGUGUAGAUUAUAGUGUACUGUAUAAGGAUUCUUACGUCCUGGCCCGGAAGAUGGCCGAAGACUUGAGUAGCAAACGCUCGGGCCGACAAUUCGUGCCCGGGCUCAAAGGCUAGUUUUCCUCCUUUCAGACAUCUUCAGCGUGAUUGUAAAAUUAAGCACCAAAAGCCUCGAGUGUUUUAGUGGGGUAUGGUAGUAAUGGGGACCGUGGACAGGAACGGACACGGUACCUUCCCUGUCCAUGUCGAAUAGGCUGGCCAGAAAUGGCCCGGAUGGCCUGGAUGCUGCGAAUGGCAAGCCUAUAGAUUACGAGCAGUGUCCUUGGAAGGCAGAGGCUUCAUCAGAUGAACCCAUCAAUUGGUUCUCCUGAACAAGGGACGAGAUUAGCUAUUGACAGCCACAGCAACAUCACCUCGCCGCCAGAAGUCUAGACGAGCAAAUGCUGUAAAGGGACGACAAACAAGGUGGUGGUUGCUGUCAGCGCGACAAGAUCAUUGUUCUCCAAAUUAACCGUGGCGAGUCGAUUAGCGCCACAAUCGAAGAGACCAAAUUUGAUGGUCUCUAACACAUUCGACCUCCCGAAAGGAAGCGGAUCUCAGUAGCAUCCCUACCGUCAGUUGUAGUCAGCGUGCUCCAUUAUGGGGGCAUGGUACUCUGACAAAUCCUCUGUAGCUAUCGACUUUGGACAGAGCUGUUGUAACAUAACAAAUUUCUUUUGAAUUGCAGUGGAACUUC